AUGGGCUCGUAUAGCGGUAACAUAACUGUUUCCUGUGAUGCUGAAAGCGGACGUACCAACUAUAAUGAGAGCUUGUGUCAUAAGCUGGAAUCGUCAAAUACGGAAUGCACCGCGAUGAUCGAAGACUACCACGUGUUCGGCGACGCCCUCGGUUACAACAUCACUGCGUGCCCCGAGUUAUUAAUUAACAAGCGAAUGGGACAGAUUCACUUUAUUGGAAAGGGCUUCUCCUUUCUUCUACUUCUCACUGCCUUUAUUAUAUUUUUUCUCAUUCGGACCGUCAGGUGCUGGCGGAAUACAAUUCACUGGAACCUUAUCACCUCACUUAUUUGCCAAAUUUCGACAGAGUCGAUUCUCACUUACCUCGUCCGCAAACAUUUAGAAAUCACCAAAUCGUAUCCAUGGAUUUGCCGCUCACUUUAUGCUGCUCAGAACUAUUUCCAAUUGUGCAUGUAUCACUGGCUCCUAGUCGAGGGAAUUUACCUGUAUGUGAUGGUCGGCGUUGUUUACAACACCGCCAGAGUUAAAAUGUGGAUGUACAAAAUCCUCGGCUGGGGAGUGCCCGGAAUUAUCGUCGCGCUGUGGGCUGUUUUUGCGUCCAAUGUCAUGGAGGAUCAGUGCUGGAUGAGCCAUUCGCCGAUCGAGUGGAUCCGCCGCACACCGAUUUUACUGAUUCUAGCGACCAAUCUGUUUAUUCUUCUCAACAUCAUCAGAAUCCUCAUGACGCAAGGCAAUACGAGAAUGAUUAAUCAGAAUAAGCCACAGGUCCAACAGGCCCUGAAAGCCACUCUCCUGCUUUCUCCGCUACUGGGGAUGACGUAUGUGAUCUUUCUCGUGAAUCCAAAUACAGACCCGGAAACCUCAGGAUUUCACGUAUUUGCUUACAUAAACUCGGUCUUAUCCGGAUUUCAAGGGGCCUUUGUGUCAAUAUUCUAUUGCUUCUUCAAUUCUGAAACACAGCGCCAUCUCAAGCUACCACGAAAAUUUUACGGCCUCCAGCGGCGAAUUUCAAAUCGACGAGCGGCUGUUAGGGAACGGCUGAAUCCGUCGGAAUCGAGGGCCACUGUCACUGAAAACAUCUCGUCGACAUUCCACUGGCGCGAUGCUGAUGACAACGUUUCCAUCAAAGACAUGUUCCGCCCAAAGUCGCUGAGCCUGCGUCCUCCCACAGUUUACUCAUCAACAUCUCUUCUACCUACUCCGACCCCAUCCACGGCCACAGAAGAAUUCCUCAGCGCUUAUAUUCCUGGCUACUCCAGAAGAGCAAGUCGAGCAAGUCGAAAUUCGAGAGCAAGUAGCAAAGCUUCUAUUGGCGAGAAUGGUAAUGGCAACAUUAAGCUCAAAUAA